ACCGCGUACUAUCUACUCAUUGCUAUCAAGUAACGCACAUCGACUGUUUACAUUCGACCGGCUAUAUUUGGACCGGAUACAUUCAGCUCAAAUCUAAUAAUUAAUUGUGAAGAUGCACGGGUACCACGCAUUCAUUCUCACGUUCCUUUAUUUGCUGUGUAGCGUAAAUUCGAUAAAUUAUGGAAACAGGGAAUUAUUCUGCAUACGGUACUACGCGACCGGAGAAAAUUUUGACUUGAAGGAGUUGCCUGCACAAAUGCAUGGAGUGUACUACUGGCCACCAAGACAGAGGCAACGGGACAGCUGCGUAGUUAUCAAUUUUGCGGAGGUGCCAGAAGAUGAAGAAACAACGGACGACUGCAGUAACCCUUACGACUUGGACGAGACUGUGAUAAAGGCGACUUACACCAACAGCACCGGCAAGAGAGUCAGUCUGCUUUACUACGGAGAAGCAGAAGUGAAACAAAUGUAUCGCUCCUGUGAUAAACCUGUAGCCAAAUACAUAUUUAAGAAAGUGAACGCAAACUACAUUUUGGGAAUCAAUUGCUCAGCUGGCGGACGAGGAAUAUUGUACUCAAAGUUCCUGCCGUCAUCUUCUGAAGUGCAAUCCAUAGUGAACAGCAUAGAGAUCAUGAGUGGACGCGAAGGCAGCCCGGAUUGUCCAUUAAGAUAUUAAUUAUAAAUAAAUGUUUUAAUUUCAUAAACUGUCUACUUAUUAAAAUAAAUUGAAA